AGACUCUAUAAAUGAAAGCAAACAUUUCACUCCAUUCGCAGCCUAAUCUGAUAAACCCUAAUUCAGCAGCUCUCUCCCUCUCUCCCAAGCUCCGAAGUAGCAGUCAUGGUUGCCACAACACCAACCCGAGGAGGACGCGGAGGGUUUAGGGGCGGCCGAGGUGAUGGCGGCGGGAGAAGCGGCGGACGAGGUGGAUUUGGCAGAAGCGGAGGUAGGGGCGGCGAUUUCGGCGGAAGAAGCAGCGGAAUGAAGCGCGGAGGUGGUAGAGGUGGCGGCAGAGGCGCCGGAGGUAGAGGCGGGCGCGGCGGCAGAGGUGGAAGAGGAGGACCGGGGAUGAAGGGCGGAAGUAAGGUCGUGGUCGAGCCACACAGACACGACGGUGUUUUUAUUGCUAAGGGGAAGGAAGAUGCUCUCUGCACGAAAAAUCUGGUGCCUGGUGAAGCCGUCUACAACGAGAAGAGGGUUUCUGUUCAGAACGAAGAUGGAACCAAGGUUGAAUACAGAGUUUGGAAUCCCUUCCGUUCGAAGCUGGCUGCUGCAAUUUUAGGCGGAGUUGACAAUAUUUGGAUUAAACCUGGUGCACGUGUUCUUUACCUUGGUGCUGCUUCCGGAACAACUGUUUCUCAUGUUUCUGACCUUGUUGGACCUGAGGGUGUGGUGUAUGCAGUUGAGUUUUCACACAGAAGUGGUAGGGACUUAGUCAACAUGGCUAAGAAACGAACCAAUGUUAUCCCCAUUAUUGAAGAUGCUAGGCAUCCGGCUAAGUAUAGAAUGCUUGUUGGGAUGGUUGAUGUUAUUUUCUCCGAUGUUGCUCAGCCUGAUCAGGCAAGAAUUUUGGCUCUAAACGCCUCAUAUUUCCUUAAAGCUGGUGGCCAUUUCGUCAUAUCUAUCAAGGCUAAUUGCAUAGAUUCUACUGUUCCUGCUGAGGCCGUCUUUGCGCAAGAAGUGAAGAAAUUGCAGGCCGAACAAUUCAAACCCGCAGAACAGGUUACUCUGGAACCUUUUGAGCGUGACCAUGCUUGUGUGGUUGGAGCUUAUCGCGUCCCGAAGAAACAAAAGGCUGGCGCUUAAAUGCUUUUCAGGUUUUGUUGUAAUGUGGUCUUAGUAGGCUUUGCACCUCUUGUUAAACUUGUUUUUUACAUCUUUAUGUGAAAUACUUGAUUUGCUCGAA